CUAAAACGCACACAUUUAGAUGUACACAUACUCUUACAAGGACAAAAGUAUGUAUACACACACACACACACACACAUACACACGCACUCGACUUUGCAAAUGUAUUCACGGAUUCCUAGGCCAGUACCUGGGUUCCCGGCUAGGGAAAUCUGCCCUGGUUAUUAUCUGGUCACCUCACCGGCUGCGCAAACGUGUCCACAACGGGUCCCUUUCCGAGGGGCCACAUCUCGCCUAAGGUGGAGCCGGCAGGUAUUUGCCUGUGGAAAACUGCAAUGGAUCCUGCCCCGUCUGCGUAGACUGCGCAGCGCGGAGUCAAAGAUUCGUUCUGGCCAGAGAGGAGGUACUAAGAGAGGUGCGACCCAACCAAGAACGAGGUCGUGGAGAAAACCCUGUGGGGGCGGCGCUCACAUGUGCGGUGAUGAGGAGUUGUGAGGGCCCUGGGGUCGGUCCCGAAAAGUAGGGAAAACGGUCGCAGAGGCCAAACUGCUUCCACCGGUCCCGAAUCCGCACUGCCAGGAGAGAUCCGGCCUUCAAACGCUGCUCUCAACGUUCAACAACGAGAACACGACCUUCAGGAAUCAGCCUGAGUGUUGGCGCCCGAGCCCGAUUGGAAGCAGGUGCGUGGUCGCUUCACUCUCCCCGUGCACACCUUGAGUUACAGCUCUCGCUGCGCACAGAGGGCACCACACGGGGCCCGAAACACACGCGCACACACACACACACACACCCCAUCACAUCAUGCGGGGGAAAACUGGGGCUGCCGGAAGACAGAAGACGAAGACUGAUCACGGAAGAGGGGGCUUCAAUCACAGGUGCUCGCAGACACCCCAACUCCCGCACGCGUUACUUAGCACUCCCUAACUUAGGAGACGUGCGCUUCCGAGAGAUGAGAACAAACUAAAAAAGUGGUUGGCAGGGCGAAGAGAGGAAGCCGGUAUUUCGGAUGAAGGAGACUUUCGUCUCCGGUACCGGAUAGGGCGAAAAUUCGUUGGGUCGCGGGUGGAGAAUCCGGGGUCCGCCCGCGCGGUGCCUCCCUGUGCUCAGCGAAAGGUGCGCUCACCUUCCUAGCCCCGAGGACCCGCUCCUCCUGGCCGCUGGAAAGCUCAGGGCGGGGCCCGGGCCUGCGGAGAACUCCAGGUUCCUUCCGAGUCUUCCGGUGAAGGCGGGCGCGGGUAGGGGGUCCCCGCGUUUCCCCAGCGCAAGGCCGCGUCCCGCUCCCGCCCGCGCCGGCCCCAGCAGGGCUCGGCCAUGGCUCCACUCACCAGCUCCCGCCACCUGGGAUCCGCUCCCGGACCUCGGCCGCCCGAGCCUCCCGACUUGCCCGCCCACCGGCCUCGCUUUCCAGUGCCUGCUGUCUCUUUCCGGGGCGCAGGGACCCCCAGGCGGCGCCACGACCGGGAGCUGGGUCGGAGGCCAGGCUGGGGCUCGGACCAGAGCGGCCGGGCCUCCAGGCGCGGGAGAAGGAGGGCGCCCCCUCUCCUCUCGGGGUCGUGUCAAUGCUUUGCACUUGGGGCCGGCGUGCGGCUGCGGGUCCUUCCCCAAGGCCCCGGGACCCGGGCUCCCCUCGCCUCAGGCCCUUUCGGCGGGUCAGGUCGGCCCUCCGCGCUCUCCAGUCCCGCGCAGGCAGCCGCAGGCGCGGGCGGGCGGUGGGGGCCGGGGCAGGAGGAGGGGUCUCGGGGCCCGGCGGCCCGUCAUUGGUUAAUAUUUUAUUCUGUUGACAUGUUUUCUUACUGCUGAGGCUUCCGACACCUUCUCCCAGGCCCCCCCUCCCGGCCGGAGCUUGGCCUGAGCUGUCAAAACCCCGCCCCCGGAGACCCACAAUUGGUCCAAAAAGCGUAAAAUCAGCAAUCAAGGGGGGCCUGGCUCGUUAGCGCAGGGGAUCCGAGCUGGGCAGGACAUGUGAGAUAGUCACAGUUUUCCAGAGAUCACGACAAGAUCUAACCAGUCGCGCGUGGUCCCCGGCGCCAGAGCGGGCCAGCCCAGCCCAGCCCAGCCCGGCCCCGCGCAGAGCCCCCGCCGCCCCCGCGCACAGAGCCCGGUGCCCCUUGCGGUGCGCCGGACGGGGAACCCGGAGGAGCAGCUGCUGCGCCCGCCACCCGGGUCGUCCGUCCUCCGCGCGCGCCGCCGCCCGGGCCGGGGGUCCGAGCCGCGCGCCCCCGGCCCCGGCCCCCGGGCGCCUGGGCCGGAUGUCCCGAUGAGAGAGCCGGCGCUGGCGGCCAGCGCCAUGGCUUACCACCCGUUCCACGCGCCACGGCCCGCCGACUUCCCCAUGUCCGCCUUCCUGGCGGCGGCGCAGCCCUCCUUCUUCCCGGCACUCGCGCUGCCGCCCGGCGCGCUGGCCAAGCCGCUGCCAGACCCGGGCCUGGCGGGGGCCGCGGCCGCGGCGGCGGCGGCGGCAGCAGCGGCCGAGGCGGGGCUGCACGUCUCGGCACUGGGCCCGCACCCGCCCGCCGCGCAUCUGCGCUCGCUCAAGAGCCUGGAGCCCGAGGACGAGGUGGAGGACGACCCCAAGGUGACGCUGGAGGCCAAGGAGCUGUGGGACCAGUUCCACAAGCUAGGCACGGAGAUGGUCAUCACCAAGUCCGGGAGGCGGAUGUUCCCCCCCUUCAAGGUGCGAGUCAGCGGCCUGGACAAGAAGGCCAAAUACAUCCUGCUGAUGGACAUUGUGGCCGCUGACGAUUGCCGCUAUAAGUUCCACAACUCGCGCUGGAUGGUGGCGGGCAAGGCCGACCCUGAGAUGCCCAAACGCAUGUACAUCCACCCAGACAGCCCAGCCACGGGGGAGCAGUGGAUGGCCAAGCCUGUGGCCUUCCACAAGCUGAAGCUGACCAACAACAUCUCUGACAAGCACGGCUUCACCAUCCUAAACUCCAUGCACAAGUACCAGCCGCGCUUCCACAUAGUGCGAGCCAACGACAUCCUGAAGCUGCCGUACAGCACCUUCCGCACCUACGUGUUCCCGGAGACCGACUUCAUCGCCGUCACUGCCUACCAGAAUGACAAGAUCACACAGCUGAAGAUCGACAACAACCCGUUUGCCAAGGGCUUCCGGGACACCGGGAACGGCCGGCGGGAGAAAAGGAAGCAGCUGACGCUGCCGUCUCUGCGCUUGUACGAGGAGCACUGCAAACCCGAGCGCGAUGGCGCGGAGUCGGACGCCUCGUCGUGCGACCCUCCUCCAGCGCGGGAACCACCCACCUCCCCGGGCGCAGCGCCCAGUCCCCCGCGCCUGCACCGCGCCCGAGCUGAAGAGAAGUCGUGCGCCGCGGACAGCGACCCGGAGCCUGAGAGGUUGAGCGAGGAGCGUGCGGGGGCGCCGCUAGGCCGCAGCCCUGCUCCAGACAGCGCCAGCCCCACUCGCUUGACCGAACCUGAGCGCGCCCGGGAGCGGCGCAGUCCCGAGAGGGGCAAGGAGCCGGCCGAGAGCGGCGGGGACGGCCCGUUCGGCCUGCGGAGCCUGGAGAAGGAGCGCGCAGAAGCUCGGAGGAAGGACGAGGGACGCAAGGAGGCUGCCGAGGGCAAGGAGCAGGGCCUGGCGCCGCUGGUGGUGCAGACAGACAGUGCGUCCCCCCUGGGCGCCGGACACCUGUCCGGCCUGGCCUUUUCCAGCCACUUGCACGGGCAGCAGUUCUUCGGGCCGCUGGGAGCCGGCCAGCCGCUCUUCCUGCACCCUGGACAGUUCACCAUGGGCCCUGGCGCCUUCUCCGCCAUGGGCAUGGGUCACCUGCUGGCCUCGGUGGCAGGCGGCGGCAACAGCGGAGGUGGCGGGCCUGGGACCGCCGCGGGGCUGGACGCAGGCGGGCUGGGUCCCGCGGCCAGCGCAGCAAGCACCGCCGCACCCUUCCCGUUCCACCUCUCCCAGCACAUGCUGGCAUCUCAGGGAAUUCCAAUGCCCACUUUCGGAGGCCUCUUCCCCUACCCCUACACCUACAUGGCAGCAGCAGCCGCAGCCGCCUCGGCUUUGCCCGCCACUAGUGCUGCAGCUGCCGCCGCCGCAGCCGCCGGCUCCCUGUCCCGGAGCCCCUUCCUGGGCAGUGCCCGGCCCCGACUGCGUUUCAGCCCCUAUCAGAUCCCGGUCACCAUCCCGCCUAGCACUAGCCUCCUCACCACCGGGCUGGCCUCCGAGGGCUCCAAGGCUGCUGGCGGAAACAGCCGGGAGCCUAGCCCCCUGCCCGAGCUGGCUCUCCGCAAAGUAGGGGCCCCAUCCCGCGGUGCCCUGUCGCCCAGUGGCUCGGCCAAGGAGGCGGCCAAUGAACUGCAGAGCAUCCAGAGACUGGUGAGUGGGCUGGAGGGCCAGCGAGCCCUCUCCCCAGGCCGGGAGUCGCCCAAGUGAGGGGCUGCCCAGCUGCUCCCCUGCCACGCAGGCCACCCGGGCUGCCUGCCCCUGCUGCUUGGGACGUGUAGAGCACAGAAUGGGUAUUUAUUUAAAUAAAGGAGAAAAGUGGGCUGCAGCAGCCGGAAUAGAGCCUCGUCUGGCAAGUUGGGGCCUGGGACACUUCCCUGGGCCUCAACAAGGAUCAGGCUGCUGGAAACGCAGUCACUUGGGAGCUGCUGGGCUAGGUCCAGAUCCGCUCCAGCGUCAAGGUGGCAUCCGAAGGUGUCUCUGGUCUUCCAGCGAGGUGGGAGAGGCCUCAUCCAGGGCCCAGCGGUCCCUGCAGAAGCCAGAAGGUGCAGGGGCCAGGGGUGGGAGCAUCGGAGGGAGUCCCAGAGCCCUGGACCUUGGGCCUAGACCGCGUGAGAAAACUGGGUUGAGGGAGGCUGGAACCAGUUACGACUGAAGUCAGUGUAGACCUGAGCUGAGAGGGAACCUGUUAGUCUCCCCACCUCUUCCCUGAAGAGACAGGCACCCCUCCCAGCCGUGGUCAACGGAGGGAGUGGCCCUUCUGCCUUGAGUCCCCAGGGGGAAAAAAAAAGAUAUUUAUGAAAUAAAUGGUAAUUUGUGUAAAUAAGCUUUAAGGUUUCCAGAAUAUGCAAAUUGGUAUUAAUUUAUUCAAAGGUGUACAUUGCUGUGUACAUAUAUUUAGAGAUUAACUCAUACAUUUAAAGUUUUUUUCAUUUUACAUGAGCAUCUAUAUUGUACAGGGCUUGGGGAGCCCUUGGCUGCGGGAGAAGGCCCAGAACCCUGGAGGAGCCACCACCCCGCCGGCCCCUCGACCCCUCGGCCCCUCCGCCCGGGUUUGGCUCGCCCGGCCCGCGGGCUCCACCUCAGGUUUUCACUUUUCGCUCCGGAGCGAGAACGAAACGACAAAAACGCGAGAAAACAAUAAAACGCUACAAAGCGAA